AUGGACGAGCUGGGCACGCUGGCAUUUGCCGAUGACGCCAACGCCAACGCCAGCUCGAGCCGCGAGCGGCGACGCGAGGAGAAGCGGCGAAAGCGGAAGGAGCAGCUGCGGCAGGAGCGCAAAGACCGCAAGAAGAAGGAGAAGAUGGUCGACGUGAAUGACUUUAGCCGCUCGGGGCUGAAGCUGCGCAAGGCGCGCACGAGAAAGCCCAUCAACUACCUCUUUAAGGAGUACGACGAGCUGAUCAAGUCGGCCUGCUUCAACGAGGACGAGACGGCGGCCUACGGAGAAGAGGCGGCCGGGGCCGAAGAGGAUGACGAGGAUGAUGAGGAUGAGGCCGCCGAUGGUGGGCUCGAGGAUGAAGAAGAGGAUGGGGAAGGUGAAGGUGGUGGGGGAACACUGCCCAGGAGCAAGGGCAAGGACAUCUCCAACAUACUCAGGGCCAACUCGGAGAUGCCCGACUUUUCGGUGAAUCCCUUUGAAGGAGGUGGUUCUGGCACCACCACCACCACGACCUCUACCACAGUCGUCGGCGCGGCAAUCACCGCAGUUCUCACCUCUGACAGGACGACGACCACCACUGAGAUGAUCACUGCCGAGGUGUCGACGAAAACCACCACAGUAAAGAUCGGCGGUGAGGACGAUGACGACGAGGACGAAGAGGAGGAUGAGGAAGGUCAUCCUAGCAAGGCCGCCAAGAGGCCUAAGAAGAUGCAAGCUUCCUCUCGACGCAGCUCAAAGGCCUCCUCCUCCUCGAAGUCAGGGGCGAAGCCCCGGAAGAAGAAGAAGUUCAGCUCGCUGGACUUUAGCGAGGACGAGGCGGACGACGACCGCGCCUCCGAUGAGGACUUCAUGGCGGGCGAGGAUGAGGACGGCAGCGAGGAGCUGACCGAGCUGGAGGACAAUGACGACGACGACGAUGGGGACGGCUCGGAGUUGUCGGACGCCGACUCGGACCUGGUCGUCUCGCGGCGGCGGACGAGCGCUCGCGUCAGUCGGACGCCGGCGAGGUACGGCGGAAGAAGAGGGGGAGGAGGAGGAAAGAAGAAGAAAGGCAAGAAGGGCAAAAAGGGAAGCUCGAAAAGCAAGAAGCGGAAAGGUCGUGGCUGGAGUUCGCGCUACUCGGACUCGGAUGAGGAGGAGGACGAUGACGAUGACGACGAUGCGGAGACCACCGAGGAGGAGGAGGAGGAGGAGAUGUCAGACAUGAGCUCGGACUAUGAGCCCGGCGGAAGGGGUAAGAAGAAGAAGCAAAGGGCCGCAUCGACGAGGACCCGAGUCAGCUACCGAGAGGAGACUACCACGGAGGAGGAGGACGAUGAUGACUGGGGCGGUGGUAAGAAGAAGAAACAGCAGCAGAAGAAGAAGAAGCGGAAGGUGGACAGUUCCGAAGAGGAGGAGGAGGCGAAUCUUACUGAAGGCGAUGAAGAGGAGGAGGAAGAAGGGGAGAAAGAAAAGCCAGAUGAUCCGUUUGUGGCCAGGACCAAGGCGACGACGGCCCCGCCCAAGGCCACCUACACCAGGACGCCAUUUGCGAAGCGGUCCACGGCGGGCAACAAGCGACGAUACAUUGAGGACGAUGAGGAGGAGGAGGAAGAUGGAAAAGAUGAGGGAAAAGAUGAUGCCGAAGAAGGUGAUGAAGGUGAGGAGGUGAAGGCCGGCCCCUCAUCGAAACGCCUUAAAACAACUGAUGAAUCGUCGAAGGUGGUAACUGCCGUCAAAGGCACUGGCAACAAGUCGAAGAAGGAGGAGGAAGUGGCAGUGGUAGCGAAAGCUGAACCACCACCACCAUCAACUUCAACUUCCACCGAGCACUAUCACCAGCCGCCGACGCCCACAAUACCAACGGUGCAGCCCUUUAGAGGAUUCAUCAAUGCGAGCACUGGGGCACCAGUGCCACCACCACCACCAACAUCUACCACUUCAUCGGACCCGCUCAGCUCGAUGAAGCAGAUGAACUCCAAGUUGGAGGGCGCAUAUCCACCACCACCGCCGACUUCGAAUGCUCCACAUCCGCAUCAGAACUUUGCGCUGGCCUCGGUGGCCGCGCUUGGCUCAAGUCCGAGACAUCCG